UCACCCCGACGGCCGCGGGAGGGCGGGGUCUCCUGCGUGCCCCUGCGCGGGGGGGAUUGUGGGAUCGUGGCGGACGGAGCCGGGCGUCGGAGGCCCUGAGCUGACUGCAAAGCCGGGAGACGCCGCCGGUGUGAGGAAGAGGCGGUGGAGGAAGCGGGCCUCGGGCUCCGUCGGCCGCCGCUCAGCACUGCGGCCUGCGCGGAGGACGUCUUCCCGACCGGCCUCGGCUCUGCCGCGGGACGCUGGGCUCGGGAGACCCGGGCGGCUUCCCGGCUGAGAGCCUGCGCGGGCCUCGCGACCCCGCCGACCGCACCCCUGCACCCCGGCCCGCAGCCAGCCGGCGCGGACCCCCGAACUCCGGACCUCGGCGCGCGAGGGCCCCCCCGGAGGCCCGAGGGCGUGUGCGCGAGACCCCGCCGCCCCCCGCCCCACGUACCGGGCCCUGAACAGGGCCGGAGCCGCCAGCGGCGGGGCGGGGGGGGCGCCCCGAUGAGCCCCGAGUGCGAGGAGCCGCCGCCCCUCCGCGCAGGGCGCCAUGUUUUGGAAGUUUGACCUGCACACGAGCUCGCACCUGGACACGCUGCUGGAGCGGGAGGACCUGAGCCUGCCCGAGCUGCUGGACGAGGAGGACGUGCUGCAGGAGUGCAAGGUCGUCAACCGCAAGCUGCUGGACUUCCUGCUGCAGCCGCCGCACCUGCAGGCCAUGGUGGCCUGGGUCACCCAGGAGCCGCCGGCCAGCGGCGAGGAGCGGCUGCGCUACAAGUACCCCAGUGUGGCCUGCGAGAUCCUGACCUCGGACGUGCCCCAAAUCAAUGACGCCCUGGGCGCCGACGAGGCCCUGCUGAACCGGCUCUACGGCUUCCUGCAGAGCAGCGGCUGCCUCAACCCGCUGCUGGCCAGCUUCUUCAGCAAGGUCAUGGGCAUCCUCAUCAACCGCAAGACAGACCAGCUCGUGUCCUUCCUGCGGAAGAAGGACGACUUCGUAGACCUGCUGCUGCAGCACAUCGGCACCUCGGCCAUCAUGGACCUGCUGCUGCGGCUCCUCACCUGCGUGGAGCGGCCCCAGCUGAGGCAGGAAGUGGUCAACUGGCUCAACGAGGAGAAGAUUGUCCAGCGGCUCAUCGAGCAGAUCCAUCCAUCAAAGGAUGACAAUCAACAUUCCAACGCGUCCCAGUCCCUGUGCGACAUCAUCCGCCUGAGCCGGGAGCAGGUGAUCCAAGUCCAGGACAGCUCGGAGCCCGACCAGCUGUUGGCCACCCUGGAGAAGCAGGAGACGAUCGAGCAGCUCCUGAGCAACAUGCUGGAGGGGCAGCUGAACCCGUCCGUGCUCGUCUGCGGGGUCCAGGUGCUGCUGACGCUGCUGGAGCCCAGGCGGCCACGGUCCGAGUCUGUGAUCGUGAACAACUUCUUCAGCAGUGUGGAUGGGCAGCUGGAGCUGCUGGGCCAGGCGACCCUGGACAGCUCCGUGUCCAGCAUGGGCGCCCUGCACGCCCUGCGCCCUCGGCUCACCCACUUCCACCAGCUCCUGUUCGAGCCACUGGAGCUGGAGCCACUGCAUACGACGUGGGGCAUCCUGGCCCCGCCUCUGGGCAACACACGGCUGCACGUGGUCAAGCUGCUGGCCAGCGCCCUGAGCGCCAACGACGCAGCCCUGACCCAGGAGCUCCUGGCACUGGACGUGCCCAACACCAUGCUGGACCUCUUCUUCCACUACGUGUUCAACAACUUCCUGCACACGCAAGUGGAGGUGUGUGUGAGCGCCAUGCUGAGCGCCGGGCCCCCUGCCGACAGCAGCCUCGAGACACCCGCCCCCAACCUCGGCGUGAAACACCUGCUGCAGCAGUGCCGCCUGGUGGAGCGCAUCCUGACGUCCUGGGAGGAGAACGAGCGCGUGCAGUCCGCAGGCGGCCCGCGGAAGGGCUACAUGGGCCACCUGACGAGAAUGGCCAACGCCCUGGUGCAGAACACGGAGAAGGGGCCCAACGCCGAGCAGCUGGGGCAGCUGCUGAAGGAGAUGUCGGCUGAGCAGCAGGAGCAGUGGGAGGCCUUCGUGUCAGGACCCCUGGCCGAGACCAACAAGAAGAACAUGGUGGACCUGGUGAACACCCACCACCUGCAUUCCUCCAGCGACGACGAGGACGACCGGCUCAAGGAGUUCAGCUUUCCCGAGGAGGCCGUGCUGCAGCAGGCCUUCAUGGAUUUCCAGAUGCAGCGCAUGACCUCGGCCUUCAUCGACCACUUCGGCUUCAACGACGAGGAGUUCGGGGAGCAGGAGGAAAGUGUGAACGCGCCUUUCGACAAGACGGCCAACAUCACCUUUUCCCUCAACGCCGACGAUGAGAACCCCAACACCAACCUGCUGGAGAUUUGCUACAAGGACCGGAUCCAGCAGUUUGAUGACGACGAGGAGGAGGAGGGCCAGGGCUCUGGGGAGUCCGAUGGGGAGGACGGCGCCUGGCAGGGCAGCCAGCUGGCCAGGGGGCCCCGCCUGGGCCAGCCCCCAGGUGUGCGGAGUGGAGGCAGCACAGAUAGCGAGGACGAGGAGGAGGAGGACGAGGAGGAGGACGGCGAGGAGGACGGCCAGGGGGCCCAAGAUGGGGCCGGGCCCCCCUCUUACCCCAGCCCUGGCCCCCAGCCUCCCAGCCCCAGCUGGGCAGCCGCCUUUGACCCAGUGCCUACAGACACCCCGACCGGCCCCCAAGACUCUGGGGAGAAGGAGCGGCGCUCUGGGCCCCCUGCCCCUCAGGGGCCCGUCGGUGUGCCCCAGGACCUCCCCACCCCGAGCCCGGCCGGCCCCGUGGCCCCCGGCACUCUGCAGCUCAGGUCCCAAGACCCCGCACCCUCCUCAGCACCUCAGGAAGCCUCAGGUGGCCGCAAAGUAGCGGAGCCCUCAGCCCCCUGCCAGGCCUUGGUCAGCGUCAGGGACCUCCAGGCCGCCCUCCGAAGGACAAGCUCCACCCCCAGCCCCUUGGACAGUGCAACCAGAGACCCUGCUACCUCUGUCCCAGCCCUUGGGGCCCCCCAGCCCCCCCAGGCCAUGGAGAGGGAGAAGAGCCCUGAGCCCAUGGGGCUCCCACAGAACCAGAGUGCCCAGGCCCUGCAGCUGCCUCCAGUGCCCAAUGGCUCUGCCCAGGGAGGGCCGGCGUCCCCAGGCUCCCAGUAGCUGCCUGGUUCCGGUGAUGGCGGCCAAACCUGUGCGCAGAUCCUGCCCGGGCGGGGUCAGGGUGGGUCCCGUGGUGGCCUGUUGCCCCAUCACCCCAUCCCGUCUCCACCCCCACCCCAUGUUCUCUCCUCUGGACUCCCAGGAGGCUGGUGCCAGGGAGACAGGCCCCACCCACCCCCAUUUGCACUGAGAAAAAAAAAGAUGGAGUUUUAUCUCCUUGAAUAAAGGUAUAGAGUCAAGUAGAAAGAAAGGAGAAAAGAUUGAGAGAGAGAGAGACCUAUAUUCUAUAUUAUAUGUAUGUCCAGGGAGGAGAGGGUGGGAGAGCCAGACGGAACCAGGCCUGGGCAGGUGGGGGGACCUUCAUCCCUUCCCAGCGGGCUGUGUUGGGGUCCCCGAGGCACGGUACCCCGCGCCCAGCUGUCGUGCCCCCCGUGGUUCAGAUGCCCACACCCACACUCGGCCUUUCAGCUCAGGUCCACCUGGGGGUCCGAGGGGGGCCGUGCCUUCGCCCAGCCCCACGCCCCAGGCCUGCACUUUCCCGGGCCGGGAGCUCACGGACCCUCGCCUGGCCCGCGGCUCUGGGGGCUGGGGUCCCGGCCACGGCGCCUCUCCGGUGACAUUCCCACGAGGCCCUGACACACUCACGAGACCCCUGCGCCUCCCGCAGGCCCUGGGCGGGGGUCGGGUGGGGGUCCAGCUGGGGUCCCCCUCCAGUGCCUGGAGGCCUGGGGUCCAGCCCAGUUGCCAAGUGACCUUGACCCAGCUCCCUCUCCGGCCGCCUGAGUGGGUGCCCAGCUGUCUGAUACUGCAAAUACGAACGAAUAAAGGAGACAGUUUAAGA